AAAAGAUAUUGAACUUUUUUCCAACUUGUUAGCGUCAGGCAUGACAUCAAAGGCACAUAACAUUUCACAAUAUAAACCAAAAACUCCAAUAUCCAAACCUUUUAAAAAGAAAAACAAUGGAGUUUUCCGGCAACCAUAACAGCGGUGCACACGUUUUCCUAUUCCCUUUCCCUACUUCCGGUCACAUAAUCCCCCUCCUUGAUCUAGCCAAUCACCUAAUAAAUCAUAACGUAAAUCUCACUAUUCUAGUCACAACACCUCUUAUUCUACCAUUACUUGAGCCCAUUCGAGCAACUCACUCUUCAAAUUCCAUUCAAACACUUGUCCUUCAAGUUCCUGAACCACCGGUUGGAUCCAAUUUUGCUACAAGAAUUCGUUCGACUUUUGAGCUUUACGAUCCGAUUGUAGAUUGGUUUAAUACACAUACAUCUCCUCCCGUCGCUUUUAUAUCCGAUUUCUUCCUUGGUUGGACUCAUCAACAGGCAUGCCGAUUAGGUAUUCGACGUAUUGUCUUUUGGCCGUCUGGAGCUUUUACUUGCUUAGUUAUGAGUCACAAAUGGAGAAACCUUGAAGAAAUCUUCGCAAAAUCUGAUGAAAAUUGUUUAGUUACUUUCGAUAAUAUACCCAAUAAUCCGGAAUAUCCUCGGCAGCAGGUGUGUACGUUGAGCAGUCAGUAUAGAAAAGGAGACCGAGACUGGGAAUUUGUAAGACGAGGUUUGUUAGAUAAUGAGAAAAGUUGGGGUGCCCUUUUCAACUCUUGUGGAGAAAUAGAGGGUGUUUUUAUUGAUGGGCUGAAGAGACAAACGGGUCAUGAUAGGGUUUGGGCUGUUGGGCCUUUGAUACAGUUGGAUAGUAAUGUAGUAGGCCCGUAUUAUUCUCAACGUGGCGGGUUGAGCGCAAUGCCACAUGACGAAGUGAUGACGUGGUUAGAUGAUAAGGCCGAUGACUCAGUUGUUUAUGUGUGCUUCGGGAGUCUUUCGACGUUGACGUGACAGCAAACAGAUGCCCUGGCAACAGCCCUAGAAAGUAGCGGGAUGAAUUUCGUCUGGUGCUUUAGAAUUCAAGAGGGAGGAGAGACGGGCAAUGAGGAUGUGGUUACAAAAGAAUACGAAAAUCGAGUAGCGACUAGAGGAUUAACAAUUAAAGGUUGGGCUCCACAAGUUGCACUACUGAAACAUCAGGCCGUGGGCGUUUUCUUGACUCAUUGUGGAUAGAACUCAGUACUAGAAGGUAUAUGCUCGAAAGUGCUCAUGCUAACAUGGCCUAUGGGUGCAGACCAAUUUAUAAGUGCAGAAUUGUUAGUUAACGAACUAAAAGUGGGAAUUAAGGCAUACAAAGGUGGCAGUCAAGUAGUUCCAGAUUCAUUAGAGUUGGCUUAAAUCUUAUACGAGUCAGUUAGUGGAACUCGUUCACAGAAAGAGCGAAUGAAGAAACUCCACGAGGGUGUCCUGGAAACGGUUCAAGAGGGAGGGAGCUCGAGCCAAGAUUUUCAAGCAGUUGUCAAGCAACUAUGUCAACUUCCAAGUGUUGUCUUUAAAUACGAAAUCGAAUAAUAUGUAAUAAGGGUGGGACUAAAACUGAAAUGUUUGCAAGGCACAAAUUUUUGUUGAAGAAA